GCGUUGAUCGUGUUGAAUACUCCCUUGGAUGAUCUGGACUACUUCAGACGAUUGAAGUCGCAUGCAAAAUUUACCCUCUGCGCAGAUGGCGGCGCGAACCGCUUGCACGAUCUAUGUAUCGAACAGAGUCCUGGCAACAGUUGGCGAAAAGCAUUGAGUGCGGAUCUGCCAGAUCUUAUCCACGGAGAUUUGGACUCGCUACGGGACGAUGUGCGGGCACAUUACGCUGAGCUAGGAGUCAAAAUCACCCAGGAUCCGGAUCAGUACUCCACCGACUUUGGAAAAGCUAUCAAGCAGGUCGUUGAACACUUGCCCUCAGCACGUGAAGUCUUGGUCUUGGGCAGUGUUGGUGGCCGUGUUGACCAGGGCAUCGGCUUACUGCACGAACUGUACCGCGAGCAGAAGGUCGACCAUUCAAGACUGCGCUUCUGGUUCUUCUCCGAGUCAAGCAUCACCUUCCUGCUAUGGCCAGGGACCACCAAGAUAGAAACGCCGUUGAAGGAGGGCUUGAUCACGCCCAAUGUCGGGAUCCUCCCUCUGUAUGGCAAAGCGGUGAUUACCACGCAAGGCUUGGAGUGGGAUGUCGAGGACUGGCCGACCGAGAUGGGAGGACAGAUGAGCGCUUCGAAUCAUAUCGUGCAGGACCACAUCUCGAUAAAGACAGAUGUUCAUGUGCUGUUCACGGUUGAG